AUGUAUUUGGAUUAUUGGCAUUACGCUGAAACGACCACAUCAGCUCAACCUAUAUUACGUGAGAAUGAGAAGGACAUAUAUGUUGAACAAAAUGUUGGGUUAUACCAUGGAAAAUCAAAGAUAAUUACAAAGCAAAAAGGGAGGUGUUACUUGACGUCCCAAAGAAUUAUAUAUAUAGAUGACAAAGCACAUUCAAAAGAGUCAGUUUGUUUAGAACUAGGUGAUAUCAAAGAUUUGCAAUAUAAUUCAAAGUUUCUCAAACGUUCUGCAAAGUUGGUUAUCUUUCUAAAGUUGGAAGCCCCAGUAGAUAAAUUCGAUAUGGGAUUGCAUAAGGCUGGCAAUAAAGCAUCUUUAAUCUCCAAUAAAGUUACAUGGACAUGUCCUAUAUGUAUGGUAACAAAUGAGACCACUGGAGAGUUAAAAGACCCAAUGCCACGAUGUAUAAACUGUGGCAUUGCCGCUGAUUAUGAUAUGGUUGCUUCCACUGUUGUUGCAACAAAUACUGACGAGCAAACUGCUAAACUCGAUCAAGUAAAUUCCUGUCCUGCCUGUACGUUUGUGAACCAUCCUCAAAUAAAUAAUUGUGAAAUAUGUGGAACUCGAUUGCUAAAGUCAAACGUGAUACAAUACGCUGAUGGUGGUAUUUUUAAAGACUCUAGAAUGAACAUUGUUUUGGAAACAAAUCCUGGUUUGAAAGAAGGCGAUACCCCCUUCAUUCAGUUGAGUUUCCGUAACUCAGAUGGUUCGUUGUUUUUCCAGGCUAUGUGUGGGGUUUUGGAAGACUUGGAAAGCGAGGCAAACAAGCUUUUGUACAACCAAAAAUUAGUUUCUAUUAAUGGUGUAAAUAUACAUCCAGAUAUCAUCUCAGUUGGAGAUAAUUUUAACCAGAUUGGUAUCACAAGUUUAGAAAGAAUUAAGGAGCAGCAGCUGUUGAAGAAUGAUAUCUUGCUUAACAACGCACUAGGAGACUUGAAUAACCUAAUGGCAUUGGCUAGUGACAUAGAGCGUUUAUAUGAAGGAGCUAAAGGAGAUAAUAGUAAAAAAGAUUCAAUAUUGCUUAUAGAUAGAGAUAAGUUUCUUAACAAAUCUACAUUUCUAGAUGAGAUAUCAAGGGAGAUCCACCAACUCAUAAUGUCAGAAUUCAAGGACCAGUUGAAGAAACAAGAUGGAAUUUUAAUAAACAUGGUAGACCUAUACGCAUUAUAUAACAAGUCUAUGAGAAUUGGCACGGGCUUUGUUUCACCUAGUGAGAUGAGAGAAGCAUGCGAAAGGUUUACCAAACUAGGAUUAAUGGAUAUAAGACUUGUCAGGAUCAACGGAAGGGUGCUUUGUGUGUCAUCGGAUAAUUCUUUUGAAUUUAUAAAAAAGAACAUUGUAAGCAUUGUAGAAGAUGCUCCAGGCUCUGACCUUCUUCACUUGACUCAGAUUUUAAAUCAGACAAACUCCAACAAUUGGGCUAUCGGAAUUAUCAUGGAAGUGUUGCAAAAUUGCAUAACAGAGGGAGAACUACUGAUAGAUGAACAAAUCACAGGAAUACAUUACUAUGUAAAUGUAAAUUGGAGGGUAUAG